AUGGCGCUGAGCGGCGUUGAGACGGUGCAGGCCUGGUUCUUCCACGCUCUCCAGGCGGGGCUGAUGGGGCUGUUGGGGCUGCUGAAGCUCCUCUUGCCCCGGCGCGCCUCCACCGGGAGGAGGCUGAGCCCCGCCACGGAGCCGCUCCUCCUCACGUCCGCCACCGGACUGGCCCGCAAGAUUCGACGGAGAGAGGUGUCCAGUGUGGAAGUGGUGCAGGCUUACAUUGACAGAAUACAGGAGGUCAACCCUUUACUAAAUGCUGUGGUCAAAGACAGGUUUGCUGCUGCACUCCAGGAGGCGGCUCAAGUGGACAAGCUGGUCGAGGAGGAGACCGGAGGGGAGGAGGUGCUGGAAGAUCGACUGCCUUUACUGGGCGUCCCACUGUCGGUCAAAGAGGCUUUCGGCCUUCAGGGUAUGCCCCACACCACAGGUCUGAUCUCCAGAGAGGGGGUGAUAGCCACAGCGGAUGCCCCGCCGGUGGCACUUCUCAAGAGGGCGGGCGCCAUUCCCCUGGGCGUCACCAACAGCAGCGAGCUGUGUAUGUGGUCCGAGUCCCACAACCACCUUUACGGCAUCACCAAUAACCCGUACGACCUGGACAGGAUACCAGGAGGCAGCUCAGGUGGGGAGGGGAGUAUAUUGGGAGGAGCAGGUUCAGUCAUCGGAGUGGGCUCGGACAUUGGGGGCAGCAUCCGUAUGCCCUGUUUCUUCAACGGUAUCUUUGGCCAUAAAACAACACCAGGGCUGGUGUCAAACGAGAACCAGUAUCCUCCGGCCUCCGGGAGACAAGAGGACUACAUCAGUACGGGGCCCAUGUGUCGCUACGCUGAGGACCUGGUGCCCAUGCUCCGCAUCAUGGCUGGGACCAACGCCCCCAUGUUGUCCCUAUCCAUGAAGGUGGACCUAGAAAAGCUGCGUUUCUUUACCAUACCUCAUGAUGGUGGCUCACCUUUGACGUCCCCUGUUAACAAACAGCUCAUCGAGAUCCAGAGGAAGGUGGCGGAGCGUCUGGAGGAAGACCUGGGUGUGAAGGUCGAGGAAGUGAGUUUCAGCGAGCUUCGAUACAGCUUCCAGAUCUGGGACACAUACAUGGGUCUCCCAGACAAGGAGGGCAAGCCUCCUAAGCCAUUUGUGGAGUUAAUGGGGGAGCCAGGGUCGCCUGCCUGGCCUUUGUGGGAGCUGUUGAAAUGGAUGGUGGGAAAAUCGGAUCACACUAUGGCAGCUAUUGGACUGGGCCUGCUGGAGAUGACCCAUAAGUCCAAGCCCUCCUUGUUCAUCCUCCAGCAGAAGGAGAAGCUACAGAUGGAGGUCGAGGAGCUUUUGGGAACCGAUGGAGUUCUUCUGUACCCGUCGCACCCCAACGUGGCACCCAAACACCACCACCCGCUCUUCCAACCCUUUGACUUCGCCUACACAGGCAUUUUCUCCACCCUGGGUCUGCCGGUGACUCAGUGUCCACUGGGGCUGAGUAAAGAGGGUCUGCCCCUGGGCGUGCAGGUCGUGGCCGGGAAGCUGCAGGACCGUCUGACCCUCGCCAUGGCCCUCUACCUGGAGAAGACAUUCGGAGGCUGGAGGGAUCCUGGAUCAGACAAAAACCACUGACCUGAUCAAUACACAUACAGACGCUUCUCUCCGGAGGCUCUCCUUUUGCCGGAGACGCAGGAGGAAUCAAACAGACAUCUUACACCAAACACACCACACUAUAUUAUUUUACAUUUCCCAUGGUCGCCAUUUCAGAUUCCAUCAACAGUAUCACCCACUUGAGGCAGUCGUACGUAAUGCUUUGAGACAGCACCAGGGAUCGGGGGAGAGGAAACAACAAACAUCAGUCACAAGGUCAAUCAAAAACAAACCAUGUAAGGCGCCCCCCCCCCCCCCCCCAUCAGAUCACAUCAGACCAACUGACGUUUGUCUUCAUAAACGUUCAUUUGCUGCAACGCAUGUCAGAUUCAUAUCAAUUACCUGCAGUUUGAGCUCUACAUCACACACA